AUGUUGUCUGCUUCUUCACCCAUCACCUUCCCCAAAAGCUCUCCUCCUCCCCCGAAGCGCGCCAAACCCCACGACCAUGGCCCUCCUAAACCCAAAGCCCGAACUGGACCAUUUUUGGCCGAUGACUCCAACUCCGACUCGAACGAUGAUGUUGAGGAAUCUUUGGAUACACAACCUCUAGCGAAGCGUCCCAGGAUUGAGGAUCCCCAAGAGAAGCCUUCACAGACAAGCCCUGAAGUCGAGUCGACGACUGCAAAGCCCGGAAACGACCCUAAGCCAACACCAGAAAUCAUCGACGUGGAAGCCCGGCGGCCAGUAUUCCCAAUUCAACAAGAUCUCUAUUCCACAUCUAUUUUCAGCCGACUGUCGUCCAAAUCAUUCACAGUUAGGACAUGUAAAGGCAACACGACAACGAUCAAGGAGCGAAAGACAAGCUCGGCACCCACAUACGAGUCAAUGGUUGCAGCUCGGUCAAAGACAAAGGAAGGACGAGCUAAGAGAAGCUACUACGGCAUCGAUAUUCACAAUCUCAUGAGUGCAGCUUCCGCUGAAAUCGCUGCGAAGAAACAAACACGACCGCAGGAGCCCAGUGUGCCGGUACAGUCGAUCGAGGCCCCAGUAACAACCGGCAAGAGGCCUAAGCGAACACUACUAUGGACGGAGAAAUAUCGAGCGCGGACUUUUAUGGACCUUUGCGGCGACGAUGGUACCAAUCGACUGGUUUUGCGGUGGUUGAAGAAAUGGGAUCCCAUUGUGUUUCCAGGAGCGGCCAAGUCGAGGCCACCAAUCGCAAGACGGCCGGGAAUGAAGCAACAAGACGAAGAAGAGAAGCCGCACCGAAAGAUUCUGAUGCUUACGGGACCCCCCGGUUUGGGAAAGACGACAUUGGCACAUGUGUGCGCCAGACAGGCUGGCUACGAGGUUAUGGAGAUCAACGCCAGCGACGACCGAAGUCGUGAUGUCGUGAAGAAUCGGAUUCGGACAAGUUUGGGCACAGAGAGUGUCAAGACGGUUAGCAACCGCAAAGACGGCGAUGGACCCCAAAAGGUGGCCAAGCCUGCGUGUGUCGUGGUAGACGAAGUCGACGGUGUCGUGUCAGGCUCAGGAGGCUCAGGGGAAGGUGGCUUUGUCAAGGCGCUUAUAGACCUUGUCCUUCUGGACCAGAAGAACUCUUCAGGGGCUGCGACGUCGAACCAUCAUGGGCGCAAGAAGAAGGGUGACGAUUUUCGACUCAUGCGUCCCCUGAUUCUCAUCUGCAAUGACGUUUAUGCCCCAGCACUUCGACCACUCCGACAAUCGGGCCUAGCGGAAAUCAUCCAUGUCGGCAAGCCCACCAUCGACUCAGUUGUCGGUCGUCUCAAAGCUGUUUUUGAGAAGGAGGGUAUUCCUUGUGACAAGGACGCCGCUCGGAAGCUUUGCGAGGCAGCCUGGGGCAUGACCAGUGGCAUUGAUGCCAAACGAGGUGCUGAGAGCACUGUCGAGGGUGACCUUCGAGGUGUCAUGGUGGUUGGUGAAUGGGUCGCAGGGCGUUUCCGAGCAUCGCCCUUGGAUGGCUCAGGCCGCCUUACUCGACAAUGGAUCGAACGCAAUGUUCUCCAAGAUCUUGCCAACGGCGCUGGCGGCGCUCGUGGGAUUGGUCGUGGUGGUGUCAAAGACAUCAUUUCACGUCUGUUCCAGGAAGGCGGCGGCUUUCCCAAGCAGGCGAUGAACUUUUCAGAAUCCAAGACAAAGCACGAGCAGCCAAAAGCGGAACUGGGCUUUGGCGAGUACCAGAAGAAGUAUGCUAUGGAGCGUCUACGGCAGAUGAUUGACACGAGCGGCGAGAUCAGUCACAUCAUGACCGAGGUGUUUGCCGAGUAUCCCAACCGCGAGUUCAACGAUGACCUCUACCUGACAAAGCCUAACCAGGCGUAUGAGUGGCUUCACUUCCACGAUACUUGUCAGUCACGGCUGUACUCCAGUCAGGAGUGGGAACUCUCGCAGUAUCUCAGCCAACCUGUACUGGCAUGCCAUCACCUAUUCGCUUCGCCGAAGCGGUAUCUGCCCAAUAUGGGCUACGACCGUCGCUGGGGUGGUGAAGCCGAGGAGGAUACCGCGCCUCCUAUGCCCUUCUCGGGCCCUCGCGCUGACUAUCAAGCCAACGAAGCUGAGAGACAGAAUCGAGCCCAGCUUCAGGCUCUGCAGAGUCAACUUACCCCCACGCUCAUGCGAUCGUUCCGCAGCGCUGAGGAUGUGGCUGCUGAAUUCCUCCCGUACCUGGUGCGUCUUGUGUCCCCUGACGUCAAGCCUGUCGUCGUGGGUGGAAGUCAAGGGACCACGGCCAGUGUACGCAAGGAGAGCGAGCGUGCCAUGGUUAAGCGUGCAUCCGAGGUACUCGCCGAGGUGGGAAUUUCUCUGCAAAAGGGAAAGAUCGAGAGUGAAUCGCUGGUCAAUCGGGGGGCGCAGUACGUCUACCGAAUGGAACCGGAUCUCGACACUCUCGCCACAUUCGAGUCUGCUGCUUCACUGCUCCUCCCCUCGGCGGCGCCUACGCGCUACGCCGUGCGACAGGUUCUUGACCAAGAACUUCGCAGGACGAAUGCAGAGCGCGAGGCCCUUGCUCGUCAGGCACGGUUCCAAGCUGGCAGCACCUCAGGGCGGCUUGAGAGCCUGACCAAGGCUGCCAGCGAGAGGCACAAGAAGAUUGUCGAGGAGGAGUCUGCCAAGGACGCAUCGUCCGUCAAGCGGGACUUCUUUGGCCGCAUCAUUGUGGCAAGGCCAGUUGUAGAGACUGGCAAGGAGAGCACGGAACAGAGAGCGCGCAAGACGGAAAAGGAGCGCAAGGUGUGGGUAACGUACCACGAAGGGUUGAAUAAUGCUGUGAGGAAACCCAUGUCGUUGCAGGAGUUUAUGAGAGGCCUAUAA